AUGGGCAACGAAUCUUCAACCCCAGUGGACGAGAAGACCCCUCCCAAGGUCCUCGAGGCGCGGAAUAUCGAGUCCGUCGCUAAGUAUAUCGAGGAGAACAAUGUCCGCCGCAUUGUGGUGAUGUGCGGCGCUGGUAUUAGUACUUCUGCGGGAAUCCCUGAUUUCCGCUCACCUGAUACUGGAAUAUACUCCAAUCUGGCGCAUUUGGACCUGCCCGACCCGGAAGCUGUGUUCGACAUUUCUUUCUUCCGGCAGAAUCCUCGUCCCUUUUACGCACUAGCUCACGAGCUCUAUCCCGGACGGUAUCGACCAACCGUUGCACACUCGUUCAUCAAAUUGCUCUACAACAAGGGUCGCCUGCUGAAGCACUUCACGCAGAACAUCGACUGUCUCGAGCGUGAGGCUGGUGUGCCCGGGGAGAUGAUCGUCGAGGCUCACGGCAGCUUCGCGAAUCAGCACUGUAUCGACUGCAAGAGCGAAUACCCGGAUGACAUGAUGAAACAGGCCAUCGACAAGGCGGAGGUGCCACGCUGCCUGAACCCCAAGUGCAAUGGCCUUGUCAAGCCGGAUAUCGUCUUCUUCGGCGAGGCGCUGCCGGAGGAAUUCUUCCUGAACCGGACCCUCCCGGCAGCGGCUGACCUGUGCAUCGUCAUGGGAACAAGCUUGACGGUUCAGCCGUUUGCUAGUUUGCCAGGAUACUGCAAGGAGGGAGUACCCCGCGUGCUCAUCAAUAUGGAGCGUGUUGGCGGUCUGGGGUCUCGUCCCGAUGAUGUGUUGCUCCUGGGCGACUGUGAUGCCGGUGUCCGGAAGUUCGCCAAAGCUCUGGGCUGGCAGGACGAACUGGAGGCCCUGUGGGAAGAGACCAACCCGGACAAGAAGGCUCGAGAUGAGGAAUCUGCACCUCUGAAGGAUCGCGAUGAGCGACUGAAGGAUGAGGUUGAACGGCUCACGGAAGAAGUUGACCGGACAUUGAGCGUCUCAACGGCCUAUGAAGAUCGCGUCCGGCAGCAGAUCAAAGACCAGGAGAAAUCUGCGGCCAAAGAAGACGCGACUAAGCCUGCAGCACUGGGGCAGGGAGCUUCUGCUUCAGACGCAGGCAAGGGCCAAGUUAGUGCUGAGUCGGAGGGCCGCGACGGACUCAGCCAUGUGUUCCCGCAUCUCGCGGGUAAGAAGCCAUCUUUGUAG